AUGAGAAUCCUCCUUUGUCUGAUCGCUGUCCUUUCCAUUGCUUACUGUAUGCCAAAAGAAAGAGCGGUUGGAGACUAUUGUGGAUGCCCUCAUGCCUGUCACUUGCCACAAUGCCCGAGUGUUGAGGAAGAAGUGCCGAAAACAAUCAGACAUUUGAUGGGUUAUCCAUCGUCUUAUUACAACUGCUCGGGGAAAACGUACGAAGAAUGGAUGUUGACCGGCGAGAAAUGGCCGUUUCUUGGACAUCUCUUGAUGAUUCUCGGCACUUUGUACAUUGUCCUCUAUUUGCCCACAAUCUACGCGAUGGUCAAGUUGCGAUUGAUGAGAAACGAGUGCUAUAAAAUAAUGUUCUGUUUGAUUAUGGCGGACAUCGGGAACAUUUUUGUCAAUUCGUUCAUCGCCGGCUACGUUUUUUCGGUUGGUGGAGUCUUCUGCAGCAAUCCCGUCUUCUCGUACAUCAGUGGAGCCUACAGCUACAUCAUCUGGUCAAUAGCUUCGUAUCUUUACAUUUUCUUGGCUGUCAAUCGGUUGAUCAUCGUCAUCAACAAUCCUUCUGUUAAACAGUCUUUUGAAGCUCUUGUUCAAGCGAUUCUCAUCACUCUCCCGGCAAUGAUCGCCUCGUGGCUCUAUGUUUACAUUCAAAUUUUCAACGUAGCCACUCUUGAAAUGGCCAUCACGGCUCAUUUUGCUUGGCAAACAACAACAGGAAUCUCAGCGUUGAUCUACUUGACUUUAAACCAUUCGAUUAAAGAUUUCUAUCGAGGAAAACGGAUCAUUCAUCAAUCGUCUUAUGUCAAUGAUUCGGAGAAAGACACAAAAACAACAAAACAAUCUGCAACAAAU